AUGCUGGGCUUCAAUGGCACUCCUUUCUAGCCAUCCACACUCCAGCUGACAGGCAUUCCUAGGAUGCAAACAGGCCAAGCCUGGUUUGCCUUAAUUUUUUGCAUCCUCUACUCGAUCUCCAUUUUAGGCAACCUCAGUAUCCUCACUCUGGUGGUUUGGGAUCCUGCUCGGCACCAGCCCAUGUACUACUUCCUCUCUAUGCUCUCUCUCAGUGAUCUUGGAGUGUCCCUUUCUACACUUCCCACUGUGCUUGCUACCUUUUGUUUCAACUACCGCCAUGUUGACUUUGAUGCCUGUUUAGCACAGAUGUUCUUCAUUCACACUUACUCUUUCAUGGAAUCUGGCAUACUUCUCGCCAUCUUUGAUCGUUUUGUGGCUAUAUGUGACCUACUACACUAUGCCACCGUGCUUACCAACAGCCGAAUCUUGGCCAUGGGCUUAGGUAUUCUCACCAGGAGUUUUACCACUCUCUUUCCUUUCCCUUUUCUGGUGAAAAGACUGCCUUUCUGCAAGGGCAAUGUUUUGCAUCACUCAUAUUGCCUCCAUCCAGAUCUCAUGAAAGUAGCGUGUGGAGACAUUCAUGUUAACAACAUCUAUGGACUCUUUGUGGUCAUUUUAACCUAUGGUGUGGACUCAGUUUUUAUCCUUUUAUCCUAUGCAUUGAUCUUGAGAGCUGUGUUGGCAAUUGCAUCCCAGGAGCAGAGAAUUAAGGCACUCAGUACAUGUAUGUUGCACAUCUGUGCAGUUCUGGCCUUUUAUGUGCCCAUAAUUGCUGUCUCUCUGAUCCAUCGCUUCUGGAAAAGUGCCCCAACUGUUGUCCAUGUCAUGAUGUCCAAUGUCUACUUGUUUAUACCUCCCAUGCUCAACCCCAUCAUAUAUAGUGUGAAGACCAAGGAGAUCCGCAGAGGGAUCCUCAAAAUCUUCCAUAAAUCCCAGACCUAG